GCGUCUCUCUCUCUCUCUCUCUCUCUCUUGUUUGAAACUAUGAACCACUUCUAGGCUCGUUACGCUAUAUCCAUAAACUUAAUAUCUUUAUCUAACCAAAGAAGUUACCAUGAAAUACGGUGAAAUCACCCACUUCAGCCACCCCCACCACAAACUCCGGUUCGAGUACGCCGAGGUCCCCUUCAAGUGCGACGGCUGCAAGGAGGCCGGCAUCGGCUCCCGCUUCAAAUGUGGCCUCUGCGACUUCGACCUCCACAAGCACUGCGCCCUUGCGGCCCCCUCCUCCAUCCUCCGCCACCCUUUCUACCCCAAAUGCGCCUUCUACCUCCUCCCCCGCGCUCCCGGCGCUGCCCCCCGCUUCUGCAACGCAUGCGAGCGCGACGUCGCUGGCCUCGUCUACCACUGCCACUCCUGCGGCUUCGACCUCCACCCCUGCUGCGCCGCCCUCCCGCACGUCCUCGAUGCCGGAGGCGACGACGGCGGAGGACAGCUCCGGCUCUUCCUCCACCGGAAGGUGGCGGCGCCGUGCCACCGGUGCGGCCGCAAGGGGCGGAGCUGGAGUUAUAGGAGUGCGUGCAAGCGGUACAACCUCCACGUGGCAUGCGUGAUGGAGAUUUUGGUGGAUAGCUGGCAUGAGAUCUACUACGGCAGCGGCGGCGGCGGAAAGCGGGGUUUGGUGGGGAUAAAUGGGAUGAAUAGGAUUCCGAGCAUCAAGGGGGUGGGGAAGAGCCACCACCGGGCCGGGAAGGGGAAGGUGAAGCGCUGCUGCGAGCUGGCGGCGAUGGCGGUGCAGUUCAUCAUCUCCGCCGUGCUCGGAGAUCCGACGGCUAUCAUUGCUGGGGUGGUGGGGUCCUUUAUAUCCAGGUGAAGAUGGCUUGAUGGCUGUACAGCUGGACUUUGCAUAAUGCACGAAUGUUAAAAAUCUCAAUCUAGCUAGGUGUUCUGUAACACUUUUUGAUGUACAGGCUUUGUAAACCUAUUGAAUGGUUCAGAUUGUAUCAGUGGACUCCUCACGGGAAGUUGAUUAUUUGGUGACGACAUCGAUGGUCGUUGGAGGCUUUGCUGUGCC